CCCCGUCUCAAAUGUCCAAGCCGAAAUCGUUCACAAUUAUAGAUUCAGUAAUCAAACUCAAUCGUCUUCUUCAUUCAAUUUCUCUGUGUAAAAAUGUCUGGCCGCGGAAAGGGAGGAAAGGGUUUGGGAAAGGGAGGAGCCAAGCGUCAUAGGAAGGUUCUCCGAGACAACAUCCAGGGCAUCACGAAGCCGGCCAUUCGCCGCCUGGCUCGCAGAGGUGGCGUGAAGCGGAUCUCCGGUCUGAUCUAUGAGGAGACCAGAGGCGUUCUUAAGAUCUUUCUAGAGAAUGUGAUCAGAGAUGCGGUGACCUACACCGAGCACGCUAGGAGGAAGACUGUGACGGCGAUGGAUGUUGUUUAUGCGCUGAAGAGGCAGGGAAGAACCUUGUACGGGUUCGGUGGAUAGACGAGUUCUGAUUAUUUCUCGAUGCUUCUAAAUUUGGGAUUUCAUCUUUUGAAUAGCUCGUACUACUAUUGUUAUCGCUGUUUCUGGGAACUUAGAACAUGUGUAAUGCUAACAACUUCAGUAAUAUAAGCAAGAUGUUGAUUUUGUCAGUUCAAUUUGAUUGCAGUGUGAUGUUGUUGCGACUUGUGAGAUUUGGAUGUGAAGUCCUUUCUGCUAUUUCAUCGCUUUAGUUGUUCCUUUUUCCAUGAUGCGAUUUUCACUGACAUUAGGCUGUGAAACGAUAAAUUUAGGGCAUUUAAUAAAAAUAAAUCGACACCUGCUGUUUCAUUUGAACUCCAUUUGUAGAGAGUUUUUUUUUUUAAUUUUCAUUGGCUCCCUGCGCAUAAUUUUGAUCAACAGAAAGGUUCCCUUGGAUUUUUUUAUUACAAAUCCUACUUAGCUUCAAAGGCAGUGACAGCCAUGGAUGCUAGGAAUCAUCCACCUGAAGUUUUAGAACUUCCACAUGAAGUCUAAGGCUGGAUUUUCCUGAGCUGCUCCAGUUGACAAUUUGAUCGCGUGUAAUGACAAUCUGGGAUUUCAUCUUUUACUCUUUUAGCUCGUAAGUUAUCACUGUUUUUUGUUCACCUUAGAUCCUAUGUAAUGCCAACAACUUGAGUAAUCUAAGUAAGAUGUUGAUUUUCUCAGUUCAAAUCCAUUCCAGUGUGAUGGUGUUGUGAGAAUUGGAUGUGAAGUUCUUUUUUCUGUUU